UCACGACGAAUCGCCUACGAAGGGUCUUAGAGUACCCGGAUGUGCAGAGCGUGGAAACAAAAAUGUCUGAUCAGGAAUCUAAACAGGAUGGUGGAGGUGACCAGGGGUCAGAGUACAUCAAGUUGAAAGUAAUUGGACAGGACCAAGGUGAGAUUCAUUUCAAGGUGAAGAUGACGACAAAUCUUGGAAAGUUGAAGAAGUCUUACAGUGAGAGAGUGGGCAUGCCGGCUAGUUCCUUGAGAUUCCUAUUCGAUGGACGACGGAUAAAUGAUGACGACACACCUAAGCAGUUGGAGAUGGAGAAUGAGGAUGUGAUAGAGGUGUAUCAGGAGCAGACAGGAGGCUGGCUUCUAUAAACGUGAGCGUCUGUUGUCGUCGUCAUCGUCAUCCUUCAUCCAUCGCAUCGAAGCUUCUCACCGGCAUCAUCUCUGUCACCUUCAAGUCGACAUCGUCUGCACGCGGACGCGCCACGCCCCGCUGACGGCCUGCCACGCCGCCGCCUCCCACGUCAACAGCUCAUCCCGUUUCGUCCAUUUUCUGUUACAUUCGGCUUCGGUUCUAAUUUUAUUCGCAGUUGACCGACGAAACAUCGGCCGGGGGCGCG